GAAGGCCGUGUCCUCCUGCAGGGGGCGUGUCCUGACAGCGUUCUCGGUGGAAGGCAGAGGGCUCGGUCGCUCGGCAUGUUCUCCGUUCCUCCGGGGAAGAAGCUGCUCCGCAGCUGCAGCGGACUUCGGAUGGUGGCAGACGGCGGCAAAAGCUCUCCCUUCUGCCUGGAGGAGCCGCAGUGGGUCCCGGACAAAGAGUGCCACAGAUGUAUGCAGUGUGACAUCAAGUUUGACUUCAUGAAGAGAAAGCACCACUGCCGGCGCUGUGGCCGCUGCUUCUGCGAUAAGUGCUGCAGUAAGAAGGUGGCGCUGGACCGCAUGUGCUUCGUCGACCCGGUGCGGCAUUGCGCCGACUGCAGCCUGGUCUCCCAGAAGGAGGCCGACUUUUUCGACAAGCAGCUCAAAGUGCUCAUUGCAGGAGGAACGUUCAGCGUCACCCCAGGAGAGUCAGAGAAGUCUGAGGUCAUGACCUGCCGGCUCACCUCCCACCACCUCUUCCUGCUGCUGGACGGUGAGACUCCCUUAGAGGUCCCGGUGAGUCGGAUCUCUAGCAUGCAGAUUUUGACAGAUGCUGCGAGUCCAGGAGACAGCGACAUUCACACUUACACCAGUCUGCUGGACAGUCACUUCCUACCUGAAGAGAGCUCGCGGCCCAGCGGCAUCGUCCUUCACUACAAGCGGAUGGCCCACAUGGACACGCAGCAGCUGCGGAUGGACGUCACAGAGGACAAGAAGGGCCCGGCGUGGCUGGCUGCCAUGUACAAGGCCGCCAAGAUGAUGAAGUCCUCUGGGGACCCGUGACCUCCAGGACGUCCGGUGGCACGCCCCCUCUGUUUCUGGGAUCUGAUUGGCUCCUGGUUGGGAUUACUCGUCACUUCUUCUUCCUUCCAGUUUUCUUUAAAGCAAAUGUUUAAAUGGAGCAGAGGUUCCCGUGCAGCAGAACCACGUUGGGUUUCUGGUUUUUAGCAUUCUGAGACGCUGAAGCUUCAGCUAAACUUUAUUCUUUCUUUUGCACAAAAUCAAACUUUAUAUGAAAAACUUUAUAGAACUAAAGCAAACAAAUAACAUGGCACUUUUUAUAACCUCUCAACCCAAACAACACAAUAACGUUAUGCUGCUGGUUAUUUUAUUAUUAGGACUUUUUCUUUUUGCUGUUGAGACAUUUUUUUGUUUUUGAGGAGGAUUAGGACCAAGUAGCCCCGCCCCCACAGGACCCUGAGCUGAACCCAGACCUUCCAGAAGCAACUUAAAGGGCAGAUCCACCAAAACGGUCAGACUUACAGGAAGGAAAGCGACGCCUGAGGAGAGUUUGUCGCUCACAGCAGAGAUUUCAAUAGAAUCAGCAACUCUGGAAAUGCAAACGGCAGCACUUUUUACCAUAAGUUCAAUGUUUAGAGGCUGAUUUUCUUUUUGAAGACUGUUCUGGCGCCUGGUUGUCUUUGUAUCAUGAUGUGAACUCUGAAGUCUCCCUUCUCGCCAGGAAAGGACGCACAAACCGCUUUAACUGUACUUCCAAGUAUUAAAGUUUUCUAUGAUAUAUUUUGUUAAGUAUUUUGACGGAUGGCAUGUACUAAUUUUUAAGCAGAACUCUGUCAAGUAUUUUUAAUACACGGGUCUUCUGUCCUUUUCCUUUGGGACCGUGCAGCACGGACACGGACGGCGAGCAGCGGAUGAGCACGCCGCAAAGACGACGUGCAGCUGCUGCACAUCUGUAUCUCUGAACGCUGCAGCUCGUACUUCCUGCUUUCAUUUCAAUAAAAGCUUCACACUGCA